CACCACAUUUCAGCCCUUUUUUUCAUUCAGCUAUUGUACCACCAUGAAUAAAUGCGUCUGACAUAAAACGAGUUGAAUGAGUUGAGAAUGAGUUUACCAUACUGAACAUGUAAUUGUAUAUUGAUGUAUAUAAUCCAAAUCUAUGACAAUGUACUGUACAUAUUAAUGAACAGAUGCGCAUGUACAUCAAAGCUGAACUGACAAAAACUCAGAGACCCAUUCUUUAAGGUAAGCCUAUAUCCACACAAAUUAUGUUACACUGCUCUACAGAUUAUUCUGUAAUUACACUCAAAAGGUUUGGCACAGUGCUUUAACUCUCCUUAUGUAAUGUAUAGAAAUAAAUUAAGGAAUAACAGCCGAAUGGAAAGCAGGGGAGGGUAGACUUCAUGACAAUCUGCUCUUUGCAUGUGAUACCAUCACUGACGCAAGAGGAUGGGAGCAGAGAAGAGGUCUCCCAGUACGUGUAUUGAAGUACUGUCAAUGUGCACCUUUCUCUUUCCCUUUCUCUCUUUCUGGCUCGAUCCAUUUGUUCAACACCUCCCUCCUCCUCUCCUCUCCCCUCCAUCCUCUUCAUAGGCAUCACAGCCUCCUGCCAAGCCCUCAGCCAAUAAGGGGGUCUGAAUUGGUCAGGUGAUCACAGCUUCCAACCAUUCUCCAAGAGGCACCGGCAAAAAGAGGGGAGUGUCCCUUCCUCAUUCUCCUUUCCUCCCAAUCUCUUUCUCCUGUGUUUCUAAAGCAAGACUCGAUGAAAAGAAUGUGUCAAUUUUACAUAUACAUUUGAUCCUACACAUAGACUUUACAAUACAGCAUUGCUUGAAAAAGAGAGCGUGGUGAAUACUCUUUUGUCUCUCACUGGGGACCAGAGAGAUGAAUGGAGGAGCGAUGGAAGGAUCCCUGAUAGAGGAGCAACGUGAGCUGGGGACAUCUGCAGCCGGUAACGGCUCCAUGCUGCCACCGUCUCCGACCAUCACGCCGGCCAUCCCCCCGUACGUGAAGCUGGGCCUCACUGUGGCCUACACCAUCUUCUACUCCCUUCUCUUCGCCUUUAUCUAUGCCCAACUCUGGCUGGUCCUGCGCUACCGCCACAAGCGAUUCAGCUACCAGACAGCCUUCCUCUUCCUGUGUCUGCUGUGGGCAGCACUGCGCGCUGUCCUCUUCUCUUUUUACUUCCGCGAUUGUGUAACCGCUAACGCGCUGGGGCCCUUUGCCUUCUGGCUGCUCUACUGCUUUCCUGUCUGUCUGCAGUUCUUCACACUUAGCCUCAUGAACCUCUACUGUGCCCAGGUCUACUUCAAGGCCAAGUCCAAGUAUACUCCUUCCCUUUUGAAGUACAGGCUCCCACUCUACCUGGUCUUUCUAAGUGUCAGUCUCCUCUUCCUGGUGGUGAACUUGGCAUGUGCCCUAUUGGUCAAAAUAACUGCCACCGAGGUCAAGACCAUUGUCCUGGUGCGAGUUACCAUCAAUGACACGCUCUUUGUGCUUUGCGCCAUCUCUCUGUCCGUUUGCCUCUACAAGGUGGCUAAGAUGUCUCUUGCCAGUAUUUAUCUAGAGUCUAAGGGGACGUCUGUGUGCCAGGUAACUUUGAUUGGCGUGAUGGUGGUUCUGUUGUAUGCUUCUCGCGCUUGUUACAAUUUAGUAGUGCUAGCUCUGACAGACAUCGAAACCAUCAACUCCUUUGACUACGAUUGGUACAACGUUUCUGACCAGGCGGACUUGCGAUCUUCUUUGGGAGACGCGGGCUACAUCGUGUUUGGGGUGAUUCUAUUCGUCUGGGAGUUGCUGCCCACCUCCCUAGUGGUGUACUUCUUUAGGGUCCGCCGGCCACCACAGGACAGGAGCGGAUCCGUGAUCCCAAACCAUGUGCUCUCAUCAAGAGGCUAUUUCUUUGACAACCCUCGGCGGUAUGACAGUGACGAUGACCUGGCUUGGAGCAUCCCUCCUCAGAACAAUACAGCCACUCUAUCCACAGACUGCUAUGAUUGGGGGAGCCGAAACAGCAGCUUUACGGUACACACCAGCACUGAUGAGCAACGACUUACAGCUACAACGGGGGAAUUGUACUCAUAUCCAUAGCAGAGUCUGCACCUCAAUGUAGGCCUACAUCACCGCAUAACAUACUUUGACGCUUUUCAUCAUAAGAGUAGUAAUGUGUCCAUUAGCACAAUGUGAUAAGUGUGGCUAAUUUAGAAAUAGAAA